AUGGCCGCCAACAGACUAGAUGGCGAGCAACUAACUGAGCGCACUGCUCUGUUGAGCGAACGACGUACAGUAUCGCCAUCCCAAUCCGAAUAUCCCCAUGCUGUCCUUCCGAUCGUAAAUCUCGUCCGCUCGCAAGGACUUCAUAUUCUGGACGAGCACUACGCUGUGUUCCCAACAUUGCCGACCCUCGUGGAGCAAACGUCCUUCCGGCUCGUGGUUCUCCUCCAGCUCUAUUUACUAUCACAAAAGACAAAUUUUGCUAGUAGAGAUAUCUGGGAUCGUUGGUCGAAGGAGCGGGACGCUAACCUGGCAGAAGCAGUCAAGAAAUUGAAGACUGCUUAUGGUCGUGCUUUCUUGUUGAAGACGGCAAAACGCAAACUGUAA